AUGUUAUACCACCCCCAGGGAACCCCACACCCUCAAGAACAUGCUAUACCACCCUCCAAGGAACCCCACACCCUCAAGAACAUGCUAUACCACCCUCAGGGAACCCCACACCGUCAAGAACAUGCUAUACCACCCCCAGGGAACCCCACACCGUCAAGAACAUGCUAUACCACCCUCCAGGGAACCCCACACCGUCAAGAACAUGCUAUACCACCCUCCAGGGAACCCCACACCGUCAAGAACAUGCUAUACCACCCUCCAGGGAACCCCACACCCUCAAGAACAUGCUAUACCACCCUCAGGGAACCCCACACCGUCAAGAACAUGCUAUACCACCUCCAGGGAACCCCACACCGUCAAGAACAUGCUAUACCACCCUCCAGGGAACCCCACACCGUCAAGAACAUGCUAUACCACCCCCAGGGAACCCCACACCCUCAAGAACAUGCUAUACCACCCCCAAGGAACCCCACACCGUCAAGAACAUGCUAUACCACCCUCAGGGAACCCCACACCGUCAAGAACAUGCUAUACCACCCUCCAGGGAACCCCACACCGUCAAGAACAUGCUAUACCACCCCCAGGGAACCCCACACCCUCAAGAACAUGCUAUACCACCCUCCAGGGAACCCCACACCGUCAAGAACAUGCUAUACCACCCUCCAGGGAACCCCACACCCUCAAGAACAUGCUAUACCACCCUCCAGGGAACCCCACACCGUCAAGAACAUGCUAUACCACCCCCAGGGAACCCCACACCCUCAAGAACAUGCUAUACCACCCUCCAGGGAACCCCACACCGUCAAGAACAUGCUAUACCACCCUCCAGGGAACCCCACACCCUCAAGAACAUGCUAUACCACCCUCCAGGGAACCCCCACACUCUCACCCUCACAUAUACGCUAA